AUGAGCAGCAACAGCCGCCUGCUCGUCCUCUCCCUGCACCACGAGUUCCCUCUCCUGCAGCCAGCAGUGAUGAUGAAAUCGACUUUCUACGUCAAGCUCCACCACCUCCAUCUCCACCACCAGCUGGAGAUGCCCCGCUUCACCCUCCACCCUCGCCUCCUCCUCCCCAAUCCCCAAUUGGGGUGGCAGCUCGUCGUGCUGCUGCUGGCAUCCAUCGUGUCCCUGCACCACCUAGGAGGGCUCCAGCUCCGGCUGCUGCUCCUCCCAGGCGCACCAUGGCAGAGAUCUUUGAAGAGAUCCCUGAAGACCUCAGCGACGAUGAGCUGCUUCUGA